AUGGCGCCUCGACCGUCCUUCUCCUUCACCGAAGCGCUGAACGCGACGUCGUCUUCUUCUUCGUCGUCGUGGGAGAACACGCUGCUCCUUCCCGAGUCGUCCGAAGAUAGCAGUGGCGCCGACCAGGACCAGGGCCACGAUUGGCUGCAGAACAAGCCCCAAACUCAAGACGCUGCUGCUCCUAGCCGCAAACGCAGCAAACCGGAGCUCUGCACCAAUGAUAAGAAGCGAAAAAUGACGUACGACGUCCGUCGCGAGCAGAAGGUGGAGCUGACAGCUCAAGUGGAGAAGCUGCAGAAGCAGCUCGACGAGCUCAAGUACCAGGUGCUCGUGGAGCAGGGGGAAGCGGCCAAGUCCAAUGAGCGCGCGGCCGCGGGGAACGUCGUACUGCAGGAAGUUAUCCAGGAGCAGCAUCUGGAGCUGGCCAGUCUGCAGGCCAUGAUCGCGGGGCAUCAGCAGCAGAAUAGUGGCUUGGUCCAGCCAGCUCACACUCUGAUUCGGUUGGGGACUGACCGGACGGAGCGCCACAACACGUUGGCAGCUCUCAAGAAGUGCAAGUUGCGCGAGGCCAAGCGGUUCAUCACUGCCAGAAGUCAAGGACUGGACCCCAGAUCGACGUAUAAUCAGGAAAACCGCAACAACUCUCCUGGGCAGGACUUUUGCCUCACUAUCUUCGAGAACAGAGCGAUCCACGGCGCCACCGCGAGGAAGGUCUUCGACGCGUUCAUUGACGUCGCUCAGAACGCGGAGAUUGUCAUCUCGGAGAUGUUCGGCAGCAUUACCAUCCGAGAAGACAACGAAGCGGAUACGCGAGACAUCUCCCAGAUGCGCUUGGUGACGUCGACGUCGAAGGGGACAAUGGUGGAGUCCAACACGGUCAUGUUCGCCGAGUUCGUGGAAGCCAAAGACGACAGCGAAGAGAGCUGCGGAGUCAUCGUAGCCGACUUUGUCGACUCGGACGAGCUUUAUCCGUUUAAACCCAAGGAGCGCGCACGACGAGACACAACGACCGUGUUCAUGAUCCGCUCCUUCAUGUUGCCUGUUGCUGAUAGUGAGAGCGCUUGCGAGAUCAAAGGAAAAUCCAAAACUUCGCAGAAGAAGGAGCUUGUGGUUGUCGGUUCCCGGUGGUCGUGCUCCAAAAUUCGGCGCAGCGAAAUGAAUCUGUCCGCGGACGCGAUGCGAGAGCUGCAGGAGAGCACCGUCUCGUUCGGGGACACGAUGAAGAAGUGUAUUCAGCAGCGGCUGGGGAAAAAGCGAGUAUUCGAGCCAGCAGGAAACCCACGCACUGCAGCAAUGACUCGUAACAUUUCUCGGCGUGAUAACCAUCUUCGUUGA